AUUACCGUGCUCCUACGAAUACAAGGUUUUCAUAAAAGAGGGUGACUCUAGUUGUUCGCGAUAAGGCUGCCGACGACGUUGUAGUGCGUCAUGUUCGUGUACGUUUUUCGCGCGUUUUUCGAAAUUCUUUUCGACACGUCGGCUGGCUCCUGUUUGUAGUUUGAAAGAUUCUGUGAUGCGGUGUAUUUUUCGUUGGGUCGUAUUCGUCGUGUUGUUCAUCAGUGCGAUUAAAUGUGCCGAUGAUCCGGUCUCUGCUUCGAAGAAGGCCCGCGUUAAUAAAGUGGUUAAAUGCGAAGAAGGCCUAGUGCUACCUGUUUGGUACCCUCAAGAUAAUCUGCCAACAUGGGUGCGGGUAUUCCGAGGCACUAUUUACUUCCUCUCGCUCAUAUAUAUGUUCUUAGGCGUAUCCAUAGUUUCGGAUCGGUUUAUGGGCGCCAUAGAAGUGAUCACUUCUCAAGAACGAGAAAUAACGAUACGUAAGAAAGGCUCGUCUUGUGGUCAAAAGAUCAAAGUACGGGUAUGGAACGAAACCGUAGCUAAUUUAACCCUAAUGGCGCUCGGUUCUUCGGCUCCCGAAAUAUUACUUUCGGUUAUCGAAAUAGCUGGAAAAAAUUUCGAAGCUGGUGAACUCGGUCCUGGUACGAUCGUAGGCUCGGCAGCGUACAAUUUAUUCGUCAUAAUCGCCUUGUGCGUAUUCGUCAUACCGGAUGACGAAGUGAGAAAAAUCAAACACCUCAGCGUAUUCUUUGUGACGGCGACUUGGUCGGUAUUCGCGUACAUUUGGCUCUACAUGAUCUUGGCGGUGAUCUCCGAAGGUGUAGUCGAAUGCUGGGAAGCGUUCCUAACCUUCAUGUUUUUCCCAGCCACCGUGCUCACCGCCUACAUCGCCGAUCGUAAGUUAAAGCUGAUGAAAUUCAAGAAAUUUCGUCUCAAUCGUAACCGAGUCAUCGUAGCCGCCGAAAGUGGCGAUAUCGAAGUAGAAAAAGAAAUCGAAGACGAAAUCCUCGAAGAGAGCAGCAUCACCGAUCCUCACCACUUCGCCAUUAUUCUCAGAGAUCUCAAAAAACGUCACUCGACCGCCACUCCGGCUCAACUGGAAGCUUUGGCCAUCGAAGAACUCACCAAACGAACCCAUAAAAGCAAAGCUUUCUACAGAUUAACUGCCAAUAAACUGGCCGGCAGCGUUGCCCAGACCAGCCACCCUAAGAGAGAAAGCCAGCCCAAAGAAUCCGUCAGCAAGGUACUGAGAGGUACCAGAAUCUUCCUAAAUCCCGAUUACUACGCGGUGCUCGAAAACGUAGGCGAAUUCGAAGUAACCGUAUCAAGAGAAGGCGACUUAUCUCAAACUAUCACCGUAUACUACACCACCGAAGAUGGUACAGCUAUAGCUGGCUCCGAUUAUAUCGGCGCUACCGGAACUAUCGUCUUUUUGCCCAACGAAAUGCAAAAAACCAUCAAGCUCAAGGUCAUCGACGACGAUAUCUUCGAAGAAGACGAACACUUCUACCUACACAUAACCAAAGCAGUAGUCUCCUCGCCUAACGGCGAUAUCGGUAACUACAAGAACGAACCGGUCACUUUGGAGCAAUGCACAGCCACCAUCGUCAUCUUAGACGACGACCAUUGCGGCGUCUUUGGAUUUUCCACCGAAUCCGUCCAAAUUUCCGAAAACGUGGGAGUGUAUAAGCUAGAAGUGGUCAGAAGUAGCGGUGCUCGAGGACGUGUCAGUGUCAACUACACCGCCUCAGAGGGGUCGGCCAAAUACGACAGACAUUUCAAUAAAACCGAAGGAACGUUGAUUUUUGAAAAUAACGAAGCCAGAAAAGAGAUCGAAAUUGGAAUUGUCGAAGAGAACUGUUACGAGAAAAAUGUAUCGUUUUUUGUACAACUAGAGCAGCCGCAAGAAGUUAAAGAUGACACCUCAGUCCAUAACAUGAACGACAGCAACCCCGACAUCAGCGACGAAGACAAAAUCGCCUUGAACGGUAAACCAAAACUAGGAGCUAUAACACGAAUCGAAGUAAUCAUCAAAGAAAGCGACGAGUUCAAGAACACGGUGAAUAAAUUAGUCGAACAAGAAGGCCCCAGCGUUGGUUUCAGUUCAUGGUCCGAGCAGUUCGUGAAUGCGUUUCGAAUUAAACCCGAUUCAGAUGAUGAAUCAGAACAGGAUGCGCAGCUCACGUGGUGUGACUAUUUUACACAUUGUAUUACCUUUGUUUGGAAAUUACUUUUCGCAUUCGUGCCGCCAGCAGAUAUGUAUUCGGGAUAUUUGUGUUUCGUCGUUUCGAUAAUUUUCAUCGGACUUUUGACAGCGGUAAUCGGAGAUUUAGCAUCGCAUUUCGGUUGCACAGUCGGUUUAAAAGAUUCUGUGACAGCUGUUACAUUCGUAGCAUUGGGAACCAGUGUACCAGAUACGUUUGCAAGUAAAGUGGCAGCAAUUCAGGAUAGUACGGCCGAUAAUUCAGUGGGAAAUGUGACUGGAAGCAAUGCCGUUAACGUCUUCCUAGGAAUCGGUGUAGCUUGGUCUAUCGCAGCCUUUUAUCAUAAAGUACAAAAUCGCGAGUUCUUUGUUACAGCCGGAAACUUGGCAUUCUGCGUUACUUUAUAUUGCACCGAAGCGGCCGUAGCCAUAUCAAUACUACUAAUCAGACGAUCGAAGUUUAUAGGAGGCGAGCUAGGUGGACCAAAAACCACGAAAUACAUAACUAGCAGCGUACUAUUCGGUUUAUGGAUAAUCUACAUCACGUUUACCACAUUGGAAGCGUACGGUGUCAUCGAAGGAUUUUAAUUUCAACAAUCUACGUUACGUGUUUCGACAAACCGCUCAUUUAUUUUUGUUCACCUCGGACAUAAUGGCCAGGAAAACUUUCAAAAGAUUGGUGAUGAUAAAUACAUGUUAGUUUAUAGGGGUGUAUUUUUACUUAAUUUAAGAAUUCGCGCCUUCGCGGUGCAAAUAAACAAGUUUGAGAGCAAGUAUUAAAAUUGUUCAAAUUGCGACAACAUUAUACUAUAUAAAGGAGGUCAUUUUGAAUCAUGACACGUAAGUAUUUUAGUUAGUGUUUGUGGUAGGAGGAAAAAAAAUUGGGUGUUUGUUAAUAUUAAAUUUGAUUGGCGAAAAUUUAUCUACGUCUGAAUGUUGCUAGGUAUAUUUUCUUGUUGUUCGAUGUAUUUGGCACGUUUAUGCAACGAAUGUUUUUUUUUCAAAGUUUGUUUUCCUUUUUGUUAUUUUUGUUUAUGUGAUCGAUGUUCAUAUUUUAAAUAUAAAUGUAUGUUUAAGUAUAUAAAUGUAUCUAAUCUCAAUAUUUACAAAAAUUAUUAAAAUUUUGGCUACCUAUCUACCAUUUAAUGAAUUUGUUCUAAAAAAAAAAAAAAACAUAUCAAUAAUAAUGAUACCUACUUUUAAAAAAUAUAUUUUAUGUGUAUUCAAAAAUGUUUGAGUGGGUAUUCAAAAAAAAUCUCAAGUUGUACGUAAAAAAAAUAAUGGUAUUACUGAUUACAUAUUUACGUUUACGCAGGAGCGUAGAGAUCUCCGCCGUGUUAAAUAAAGCUGAAAAUUAUAGCAAUGGAGUUACCGUUUAAAACUUUACUCGAGUAUAUAAGAUGGUAGUAUAUUAAUUAGACUAACUUUUAACUAAUUUAAGCCAUAUUUCUUCCAAUCUGUUGCGUAUUUAUUAAGCCUGUUUACUGUUAGAAGAUUCGUGUUUUACUUAAUAAACAAACGAGUACGUUGAAAAAAAAACAGAAAGAAAAUGAAGUGUUUUAUUUUA